AUGCCAGUAGGGGAUAUGAGAACCAGGCUAGCGCCACAACCCUGUAAAUUGGAAACACCGUCGACAAACAAGGUCCAUUGUGGCCCGGUCGGGUCGGUGGUCUGGUCGCUGUCCGUGCCAGGUUAUGCCGAGGUCGGAGCUAGCUCUAAUGGCCCUGGCAUGUUGGUGUUGUGGGCUGGUGUGGUGAAUUCCGAAAUGAAGUCGGUGAUGGCCUACGCCUUCAUGGCUGUGCGCGGCUGGACCAAGUUGAGUGGCUGA